AUGAAGAGCCGGCGACGAUGGAGGUGGCGAUGGCAGCUCCAUCGGCGAUUUGCGCUGGGUUUAGCUGUCUACACGCUGCUGCUCCUGCUGCUCGUGUCUUACACGCUGGACUAUCGAGCCAGAAGGGGGCGCGCGGGCGAGGAGUCGCAGUUGCCCCACCGCUGCCCCAGCCUGGAGGAGGCGCUCGGCGACUGGGGCUGGGAAGAGCCGCAGCCACCACCGCUACCACCACCAGCGGCAGGAGAGGCUGAGGACGGGACCCGGAGGGCGCCCAGUCUGCGGAGCAGAGUGGGCGGGAAGCGGCACAUCUACUUGCACGCCACCUGGCGCACCGGCUCGUCUUUCCUGGGAGAACUGUUCAAUCAGCACCCGGAUGUUUUCUACCUGUACGAGCCCAUGUGGCACUUGUGGCAAGCGCUCUAUCCUAGCGACGCGCUGAGCCUGCAGGGCGCCCUCCGGGACAUGAUGCGCUCUCUCUUCCGCUGCGACUUCUCGGUCUUACGCCUCUAUGCCACACCGCCGGCCGGCCGCGACCCCGGGAGCGGCAACCUAAGUACGGCUAGCAUUUUCGGGUGGCGGACCAACAAAGUGAUCUGCUCCGCGCCUUUUUGUGCCCGCGCCGCCCGGGCCCGCGCCGACGUGGGCCUUGUCGACAGCGCCGCCUGCGAGCGGAGCUGCCAUCCGCGGCCGCUGCGGGAGUUGGAAGCCGAGUGCCGAAAAUACCCGGUGAUGGUGAUUAAGGACGUGAGGCUGCUGGAGUUGGGGGCGCUGCUGCCACUGCUGCGAGACCCGGACCUCAACCUGCACGUCAUCCAGCUUUUCCGCGAUCCCCGCGCCGUCCAUAAUUCUCGACUCAAGGCCAAACAGGCGCUGCUCCGGGAGAGCAUUCAGGUGCUGCGGAGCAAGUAUCACGCCGAGUUCCGAGGACUGCCCCGCCGGCAACUCCCGCCCGCUGCCGCCGCCAUCGCCGGCGGUGGAGCCGUCCGAACACAGCCGCAGCAUCGAGCCGAAUUCUUUCUGGGCGGCGCCCUCGAGGUGAUCUGCCAGGCCUGGCUGCGUGACUUGAUCUUUUCCAGCCGGGCCCCCGCCUGGCUGCGCCGCCGGUACACGCAAGUGCGCUACGAGGACCUGGUGCUGGAGCCGCGCGCCCAGUUGCGCCGCUUGCUGAGAUUCGCGGCCCUUCCCGCGCCGCCGGCCCUCGAGGCCUUCGUCUUCAACAUGACCCGCGGGGUCGCCUACUCCUCGGAGCGGCCCUUCCUCAUCUCCGCCCGUGAUGCUCGGGAAGCCAUCCACGCCUGGCGGGAGCGGCUCAGCCGGGAGCAGGUGCGCCAAGUAGAGAGUACCUGCGGAGAGGCCAUGAGGCUCCUCUCCUACCCUCUGAGCAGCGAAAAGAGCGUUCGACGUGACUCCCCUAGGGGACGCUCCAGCGCUUCUCCUCAUCCAGGUAGCCGCAAAGUCGCUCCUGGCACAAUCUAUUUAACGAAGUAUAUUCCGCCUUAG